UCCGCUGUGCAGUCGUGCAGGCAUGACUAGUAUGGUCUGUCUCGCCGAUUUUGAGGAGUAUGCCAAACAACAUCUCGCAAAAUCCACAUGGGACUAUUAUGCUGCUGGAGCUGAUGAAUGUUACACUAGAGAUGACAACUUGCUAGCUUACAAACGGAUCCGCUUGAGGCCACGGAUCUUACGGGACGUGUCGGUCAGCGACACUAGGACCACGGUACUGGGAACAGAGAUCCAUUUCCCUGUGGGAAUUGCACCCACGGCCUUCCACUGCCUCGCGUGGUAUGAAGGAGAAUUGGCCACGGCCAGAGCCACUGAAGCGGUGAACACUUGCUAUAUAACAAGCACAUACUCCACAUGCUCUGUGGAGGAGAUCUGUGCUGCAGCACCCAACGGUUACCGCUGGUUUCAGCUGUACUUAUACCGUGACCGUAAUCUAUCAGAGCAGAUUGUGCGAAGAGUGGAAGCGCUCGGUUAUAAGGCCCUGGUGCUUACAGUAGAUGUACCCUAUACUGGUAAACGGCGCAAUGACAUCCGCAACCAGUUUAAACUCCCACCUCACCUGAAGGUCAAGAACUUUGAUGGGAUGUUCCAGGAGCAGAAAAGCAGCGUUGAAGAAUAUGGGAUCCCGGCCAACACAUUAGAUCCAUCAAUCAGCUGGAAGGAUGUGAGCUGGCUCCAGUCUCUAACACAUCUCCCUAUGAUCAUCAAGGGCAUCCUCACAAAAGAAGAUGCAGAGCUGGCUGUAGAGCAUGGGGUCAAAGGCAUAAUUGUGUCAAAUCACGGAGGCCGACAACUAGAUGGAGGACCCGCGACAAUAGAUUGUCUGCCUGAGAUAGUAGAAGCAGUGCAGGGCCGUGUCGAGGUCUACAUGGACGGGGGCAUCCGCACGGGUAGCGAUGUGCUGAAGGCUAUAGCCUUGGGAGCCAAAUGUGUGUUUAUUGGCAGACCGGCAAUCUGGGGCCUCGCUUACAAGGGGGAGGAAGGAGUGAAGGGGGUGUUGGAGAUGCUGCAAGAUGAGUUCCGUUUAUCUAUGGCGUUAUCAGGGUGCAAAAAUGUUGCUGAGAUCAACAGGAGCCUCAUACAGUUCUCCAAACUUUGAAUAUCCAAGAGAUCUACAGUUAUUUACACCACAAUAAUCCACAAUGUCUACUUCAAGUGGUGUAUGAACUACUGUAGUUUUGAGGUCUAUACAAAUGUUCAAAUGAUGGUACUGUAUAACUAACUACAGUGUUUUUAAUUCAAUAAGCAUCAACUUACUUUGCAAAUAAAA